GUUAUAAUUGUUUUUCUUGACCUGGUCGAUGGAGUAGAGACUACACGUCGCGCUCCCCAUCCCAACAUCCAUGCUGAUAUCAUCUUGGCUGCAACCUUAUCCCUUGGAUGGUUGUAUGACGACGACUCGGGUGUUAUCCCGCCAUGGAAGCAGCACCUACGCCACUUGAAACGGUGAGAUCGGAAUUAGACACGACCAUGAGCGUGGCGGAGUCAGAUAUCAACCUCAGCUCAGCCGGUGAUACUUCCAGCACCACAGACUCCAACGCUGGGAUAUCAUUACCCGUGCCCACCAGCUUGAUAUCGAAUGUAGAUAACCCAACAUGCAGUAAAAGCAAGGAAGUGGAGUGCCUCAAUUCGCAGUUGAACAAUCAGCACGGAGUUAUCUCGGGUGGUGCCGGGAAUGGCGGGCCUGGUAUCCUCUCUUUCUCCGCCCAACAAGUCGUCUGCGUCUGUGAGGCGUUGCGACAAGAAGGCAAUAUCGACAGAUUAGCACGAUUUCUUUGGACGUUACCUGCUGACGAGACUCUCCAGAAUGAUGAGACGGUGUUGCGGGCACGCGCUGCGGUGGCAUACCACCAGGGCCAUUAUAGGGAACUUUACAACCUCCUCCAAAACCAUAACUUUAACCCAGCCUUCCAUACAGAACUCCAGGACCUGUGGUACCAAGCCCACUAUAAGGAAUCUGAAAAGUUACGGGGUAGGCCCUUGGGUGCCGUGGACAAGUAUCGCAUUAGGAGGAAGCAUCCACUUCCAAGGACCAUUUGGGAUGGGGAGGAGAUGGCCUAUUGCUUCAAGGAGAAGUCGAGGAAUAUGCUGAAAGAAUGUUAUAAACAAAACCGGUACCCCACGCCGGAUGAGAAGAGGAAUCUGGCAAAGGUGACAGGACUCACCAUGACUCAAAUUAGUAAUUGGUUCAAGAAUAGACGACAAAGAGACAAGUUACCUAUGUCUCUCAAAGGGUAA